AAACCUUUUUUUUUGACAGUGACUAGAACCGAAAUGAUUCAGGGGAGAGUGGACGAAAUAAAGGGUUUUGGAGGGUAAACCCUACACGUGCUAUUUCCAUCUCAUCUUUUUUAUUAUACAGCCACCUCUUGAGUUUCAGGUGAAGAAAAGCUAAGUAUAAACACUAGAAAUCUGACAUAUAUAGUGCUAUUUAACAAAAUCAAGGAAAGUUGUUGGAUACCCAAUUCACAGCAAUCAUAUAUUACUGCAAUGGCCGUCUAUUCUUCAAGAAUUGCAGCGGCCCAUUCGGUUAAUCUGCGAAAUGAGCUUGUUUGUCCGGCUAAAAAGCUCUUCUAUUUUAGGGUUUCAAAUGUACGGAACUUGAGAGUGGGAGAUGGUUUAAGAGUAAGGGGUUUAGCUAAUUCAGAAGGUGGUGGGUUUGAAUCUAUCGGUGCGGUUGAUAAAGUUGUUGAAGAUAGUGAAAGCUUGAAUGGGAGAAAUGGUGUUAGGGUUUUAGAUGAGAGUGAUUACAAACCAAAUGUUGAUAAUGGCAGUGGGGAUGGUGGGGAUGAUGCUGGUAAUGGCAAGGCUCUUGGUGGCGGUGGCGAUGGCGAGGGUGGUGACCCGGAAGAGAAAGAGUUUGGUCCCUUGCUUAAUUUUACUCAGGUGAUGAGAGAAAUCGAAGCUCGGGGUGCCAAACUUCCUUCUGAUAUGCUGGAGGCUGCCAAAACUGUUGGAAUCAGGAAAGUGCUUCUUGAUAGAUAUCUUGAUUUGCAGGGGUCAGCCUGGCCUCUGGGGUUUGCUAUGAGAUCAUGUGGAAUGCUUCGGAAUCGAAUGUUAGCUGAUCCUACUUUUCUUUUCAAGAUAGGAACUGAGAUAGUUAUUGAUACUUGUUGUGCAACGUUUGCGGAGGUUCAAUCGAGGGGAAAAGAUUUUUGGGCAGAAUUUGAGUUAUAUACCGCUGAUAUGUUGGUUGGAGUAGUUGUUAAUGUUGCGUUAGUUGGUAUGUUGGCUCCUUAUGCCCGUAUUGGAAGAUUGUCUACAUCUCAGGGAUUACUUGGACGUAUGCAACAUGCUUAUGCGGCCCUUCCUAGCAGUGUAUUUGAGGCAGAAAGGCCAGGAUGUAGUUUUACAGUAAAACAGAGGAUUGGCACUUACUUCUAUAAGGGCAUUAUGUACGGAUUUGUUGGUUUUGGAUGCGGUAUUAUUGGUCAAGGCAUUGCCAACCUGAUCAUGACGGCCAAAAGGAACGUUAAGAAAUCAGAAGCGGACAUUCCAGUUCCACCACUAAUUAAGAGCGCUGCACUUUGGGGAGUUUUUCUUGGAUUUUCUUCGAACACUAGAUAUCAGAUUAUUAACGGAUUGGAACGCUUGGUGGAAGCAUCUCCAAUGGCAAAGCAAGUUCCGCCGGUGGCAUUGGCAUUUACAGUCGGAGUACGAUUUGCAAAUAAUGUGUAUGGUGGCAUGCAAUUUGUUGACUGGGCCAGAUGGAGUGGGGUACAAUAGAUGUAGAUGUAUCAAGCAUCUUGAUGAUUAGUGUUUGAUGUUUUUAGCCUGCUAAAGGGAUAUGAUAGUAAGGUGGGAAAUAUAGGUUUGUUUACUACUUUAAGGCCCAAAUUAUCAAGGAAAGCAGCCUGUAUGUGCUGUACUUAUUUAAGGUGGGGGUGGUUAUGUUUUUUAAUUUUGAUAUCGGAAGAAUGUUCCUGAGAUAUUUUUUACUCAGGUAUAGGAAGUUAGUGUACACUAGUAAUUAUCCAUGCAUCUUCUUUGAUUACA